UAGAAUUGAUAGUUCUGAAUAUUUUACUAGUGAUGAAAGUAUUAGUGAAUUUGAUAAAAAAAGAAAAAAAGCAAAGGUUAAAAAAUCAGUUGGUAGACCUGAAGACCCUGUAAAUAAAGAGUAUAUUAAACUUGGAGUAUAUGAUAAAUAUGA